AUGGCGCCACCCGCACGGCCGCCGCGCCGCCCCGCGACGUUGACGCUGACGCUCCUCCUGCCCCUCCUCCUCCUCUCCUCCCCCUCCCUCCCCCUCUCCUCCGCCGCCGCGGACUCGCCGCCGUCGACCCCGGCCCCGCGCCACGCGCAGGUCGCGUCCGACGACUCCGACCAGCUCCCCGCGCCGCCGCGGCACGGCGGCCACCACCACCACCACCACCACCACCGGCACCCGCCGCCCCCGCCGCCGAAGCGCCGGCUCAACUUCGGCGAGAGGCUCGGGAUCGCCUUCGCCGGCGUCGCCGCCGCAAUGCAGCUGCUCCUCGCCGCCUUCCUCGCGCUCCGCGCCUGGCAGCUGCGCCGGCUCGACCGGGCCGAGGUCUCCUCCUCCACGCCCCUCACCUGA